AUGUAUAACAAAUCGUUUCAAGAGAAUGGUACUCUAAUAGAGAACCUAUUUAACAGCGUUCUUUGCAAAAACCAAAGUUAUGACGGAAAUUGCACGAAUUUGAGUUGGACUUCCUUGGUUGAAACUCCAGUAAAUCCUGCAUUAGAGGAAUUUCAAGAACGAAGUAGGUUUUGGGUACAAAAGGUUUUAGUUCCAAUCAUUAUGAUCAUCGGAGUCAUCGGAAACACAGUCACCAUUUUCAUCAUGACGCAAAGACGCAUGCGCAGUUCAACAAAUUGGUAUCUAGCAGCACUCGCCAUAUUUGACAUGAGUUAUCUUAUAUUUUCUUUUGCACUGUCAUUUCAACAUUACCCUAGAAUUCAUGACGCCCAGUUUUACCCUUACUGGAAACUUUGGCCUUACAUGUUGACCAUUACUGAUGCAUCAAGCAAUUCAUCCGUAUGGUUAACUGUUACAUUCACCAUAGAGCGAUACAUAGCAGUAUGCCAUCCAAUGAAAGGUAAAGUUUUAUGUACAGAGUCCCGCGCAAAGAAAAUGAUAAUUUUUGUUUCACUUUUCUGUUUUUUAAUAGCAUCUCCCACGGCAUUCGAAUGGAAUAUAGUGGAAGUGGUCAAUCCUUUAACUAACAGCACUCAAGUACGAGCGGACUACUCCGAUCUUGGUAAUAAUCCUGUGUAUGUUUCAAUAUAUUACUGGAUGAUAUCUGUUCUUUUUAUUAUAAUUCCAAUUGUUCUGCUAGCAGUUUUCAAUGCCUUCCUUAUAAAAUCUGUUCACUCUUCAAAAUCACGGCGAAAGACAAUGACAAGGCGGAAAGAGACCAGAGACCAAGCAAUGCAGGAGAGCAAAAUCACUGUGAUGUUAAUCGCUGUAGUCAUAUUAUUUCUAGUGUGCCAAUUGCCUACAGCAGUUAUUUUGUUAUAUAAAUCAUUCCACCAUGUCAAGCCGAGAAGCAACGAGGAUUUGCUGCUUAGAGGUUUAGGAAAUAUCUUCAACUUUCUAAUGGCUGUGAAUGCAGCGGGAAACUUUGUACUGUAUUGUCUUUUAAGUCAAAAAUACAGGAGGACAUUCCUACUGUUGUUUUGCCCUUGCUUGAAGGGCAGAGUACCAAGAUUGCAUUCUGUGUACCAAAAUACCGUAUAUACAACAAUGGACAAUGAGAGUCCGGCAGCUUUAAGGAAAUACAGCGUACGCAAGUUGGACCAUUCGCGCUCGUUGGACAAUUCAGUAAAAUGCAUAGAAGGAAACUUAAACAACAGGUCGGCUUCUCAAAAAACAUCACAACCUCUACGAGCACAGCAGCAGCUCAGUUUUUCAAAGACAGUUGCUGUGUUUUCUGAUGAUACUGACACCUACAGCCCAAGGGUUGAUCCCAAUUCGCAUAGACUUUUGAGAGGAUUUCGAUGCCCUUGGAAAAGGCCAAAAGUUGCCACAGGUUGUAGCCAGGAUGAGAAAAUGGGCCAGUUCAUACCCUUAAAAUCACCCACUAAGUGUAGUGGAUUUGAUUCCAGUACUCGAAUGUCAAAUAACUCAUUGGCGCAGUAA